CCACUUGUUGACUUGUUGAUAUAUAAUUCUUUUCUUUCCGUUCUUUUUCUUUCUUCUUUCCUUUUCGGCAGCCGAACGCCGUUUUCGGCCACAAAAGCUCGCAAUUUUGACGGUGACCUCGGCCAAUUCGAUAUUUUGUGACCAGACAUGGCCGAUGAUGCUCCUGCUGAGAGGAAGCUAGACGUGGACGACUUGAUUCAGCGCCUUUGCAACAUGAAGACUGCGCCGCCGAACACGCAGGUGGAAAUGUCGGACAUGGAGGUGACUAACCUUUGCCUGACCGCAAGGGAAAUUCUGCUGCGGCAGCCGUCCCUGCUCGAGCUUGAGGUGCCGCUCAAAGUGUGUGGAGACAUUCACGGGCAGUUCUACGACCUGCUGAGGAUGUUCGAGUACGGUGGCUUCCCGCCCGACUCAAACUACCUCUUCCUUGGUGACUAUGUGGACAGGGGCAAGCAGAGUCUUGAGACCAUCUGCCUUCUGCUUGCCUUCAAGGUCAAGUACCCUGAGACCUUCUUCCUGCUCAGGGGCAACCAUGAGUGUGCCUCUAUCAACCGCAUCUAUGGCUUCUAUGAUGAGUGCAAGCGUCGAUUCAACGUGAAGAUGUGGAAAACUUUUACUGACUGCUUCAACUGCCUGCCGAUGGCUGCAAUCAUCGAGGAUAAGAUCUUCUGCUGCCACGGCGGCCUCAGUCCUGACCUGCACAGCAUGGACCAGAUUCGCAGAACAGUGCGACCUUCAGACAUUCCUGACCGCGGCCUCCUGUGUGACCUGCUGUGGUCUGAUCCUGACAGGGAAGUCACUGGCUGGAACGAGAACGAACGUGGGGUCAGCUACACCUUUGGCCCGGACGUGGUUGCCAAAUUCCUUGAGAAACACAACUUUGACCUCAUCUGCAGAGCUCAUCAGGUGGUGGAGGACGGAUAUGAGUUCUUUGGGAAACGGCAGCUGGUCACCCUGUUCUCGGCGCCAAACUACUGCGGUGAAUUUGACAACGCUGGUGCCAUGCUGUCCAUUGACGAGUCUCUCAUGUGCUCCUUCCAAAUCCUCAAGCCGUCUGAGAAGAGGAAGAUGCACAUGGGCAUGCCUGUGAUUCCUGCCCUGCCUAGCGUGUCCACCCCCAAACCAGUGAUAGCCAGUCCUUUCUAACGCUAACAGCUUGCCAUUUUUAUUAUUUUAAUAGUGUCAAAAUUGAUGCCAUGAAUUUUCUCAAAAAUCGUUAGAUCUCCAAGAAAUUUUAAUUUUAUGCAGCUUAUCGACUGAAAACUACUCUCAAGGUGCCUUAAUCCAUUCCAACUCAUUGAAUAUGAAUCUCAUGAAAAUUUAUUUGUAUUGAAAACUUGUAAGAUUUUAGAAUUAUAAGAAAACAUAUCAAAGUGAAUUUCAGUUGUGCCAAAAAUAAUUAAUAGUUGGUAGUUUAUUUCAUAGUAAGAAGAGUUGAACUAAAGUUAAAAAUUCUAAAUUACGUUUCAAAAAAUGUACUAUUUAGAGAUUAAUGUGUCAAAAAUAAAAUGCCUUUUUUUAAAG